AUGCCGGAUCGCAGUGUGGAGUAUCGCACCGACCGGAGGGACUCCCUGAGUGUCCGGCCCCACAUGGACCUGUCUGCCCGCACCAGCAGCAGCCCUCAUCCCUCCAGUUACCCUCACCUUACAGCUCCAGUCCCCCUGUCAUCCCGCCAGUCCAUUUCAUACCUCCAAUUCCCCUGCCACCUCUCCAGCCCUCUCCUCAUCUCUCCGGUCUUCCCUCCUGUUACAUCUCCAGCCUUCUCCUCAUCCCUCCCCUCAUGUCUCCAGUCCUCCUAUUACCUCUCUAACCCUCCUGUCACCUCUCCAGCCACCCCCUCAUCCCUCCAGUCCUCCUGUCACCCUGUGGCCUCCACCUUCAGUCCUUCUAGCAUCCCUGCUGUCACCUCUCCAGUCCUGCCCUCAUCCCUGCAGUUACCCUCACCUUCCACCUCCAGUCCUCCCCUCAUCCCUGCAGUUACCCUCACCUUCCACCUCCAGUUACCCUCACCUCAUCCCUGCAGUUACCCUCACCUUCCACCUCCAGUUACCCUCACCUUCCACCUCCAGUCCUCCUCUCAUCCCUGUAGUUACCUUCACCUUCCACCUCCAGUCCUCCCCUCAUCCGUCCAGUUACCCUCACCUUCCACCUCCAGUCCUCCCCUCAUCCCUGCAGUUACCCUCACCUUCCACCUCCAGUCCUCCCCUCAUCCCUGCAGUUACCCUCACCUUCCACCUCCAGUCCUCCCCUCAUCCCUGCAGUUACCCUCACCUUCCACCUCCAGUCCUCCCCUCAUCCCUCCAGUUACCCUCACCUUCCACCUUCAAUCCUCCCGUCAUCCCUGCAGUUACCCUCACCUUGCACCUCCAGUCCUCCCCUCAUCCCUGCAGUUACCCUCACCUUGCACCUCCAGUCCUCCCCUCAUCCCUGCAGUUACCCUCACCUUCCACCUCCAGUCCUCCCCUCAUCCCUGCAGUUACCCUCACCUUGCACCUCCAGUCCUCCCCUCAUCCCUGCAGUUACCCCCACCUUCCACCUCCAGUCCUCCCCUCAUCCCUCCAGUUACCCCCACCUUCCACCUCCAGUCCUCCCCUCAUCCCUCCAGUUACCCCCACCUUCCACCUCCAGUCCUCCCCUCAUCCCUCCAGUUACCCCCACCUUCCACCUCCAGUCCUCCCCUCAUCCCUCCAGUUACCCCCACCUCCAGUCCUCCCCUCAUCCCUCCAAUUACCCCCACCUUCCACCUCCAGUCACCCCCACCUUCCACCUCCAGUCCUCCCCUCAUCCCUGCAGUUACCCUCACCUUGCACCUCCAGUCCUCCCCUCAUCUUCCACCUCCAGUCCUCCCCUCAUCCCUCCAGUUACCCUCACCUUCCACCUCCAGUCCUCCCCUCAUCCCUGCAGUUACCCUCACCUUCCCCCUCCAGUCCUCCUGUCAUCCCUGCAGUUACCCUCACCUUCCCCCUCCAGUCCUCCUGUCAUCCCUGCAGUUACCCUCACCUUCCCCCUCCAGUCCUCCUGUCAUCCCUGCAGUUACCCUCACCUUGCACCUCCAGUCCUCCCCUCAUCCCUGCAGUUACCCUCACCUUGCACCUCCAGUCCUCCCCUCAUCCCUCCAGUUAACCUCACCUUGCACCUCCAAUCCUCCGGUCAUCCCUGCAGUUACCCUCACCUUGCACCUCCAAUCCUCCUGUCAUCCCUGCAGUUACCCUCACCUUGCACCUCCAAUCCUCCUGUCAUCCCUGCAGUUACCCUCACCUUGCACCUCCAGUCCUCCCCUCAUCCUCCAGUUUCCCCCACCUCCAAUCCUCCUGUCAUCCCUGCAGUUACCCUCACCUUGCACCUCCAAUCCUCCUGUCAUCCCUGCAGUUACCCUCACCUUCCACCUCCAGUCCUCCCCUCAUCCCUCCAGUUACCCUCACCUUCCCCCUCCAGUCCUCCUGUCAUCCCUGCUGUCACCUCUCCAACCCUCCCCUCACCCUGUGGCCUCCACCUUCCACCUCUCCAGUGACUGA